UGGUUUGUGUGUGCAUUCUUAUGUGCAGAUCCUGAAGCAGAGGUGAUUGCCUUGUCUCCAAAGACCCUCUUAGCCACCAACCGGUUCUUGUGCGAGAUUUGCGGCAAAGGCUUCCAGAGAGACCAGAACCUCCAGCUCCACCGCCGGGGGCACAACCUCCCGUGGAAGCUGAGGCAAAGAAGCACAAAAGAGCCGAGGAAAAGAGUCUAUGUGUGCCCUGAGAAGAGCUGCAUCCACCACAAUCCGGCGAGAGCGCUCGGAGACCUGACCGGCAUAAAGAAGCACUUCUGCAGGAAGCAUGGUGAGAAGAAGUGGAAGUGCGAGAAGUGCUCCAAGCGAUACGCAGUGCAGUCCGAUUGGAAGGCACACUCCAAGACCUGCGGCACGAGGGAGUACCGCUGCGACUGUGGUAUCGUUUUCUCCAGGAGAGACAGUUUCAUAACACACAGGGCCUUCUGUGAUGCCUUAGCUGAAGAGACUGCAAGAGUUUCUGCAGUAUCCAGCAUCAACCACACGGCGCCCAUCGGCAAUGCCGAUUGUCUUCUCCCUGACGGUUUGAUGAGAUCUGAUAUGUUGCAGAACUUCUCCUCUAAUAUUAAGGCAGAUAUGUCCAACUGCAAAGCUGAUGAUCAGGCCAGACCAAGGCUUCCCUUGUGGAUGGGCCAUGGAAUUCAGAGCAGUGAGCCUUUAAGUAGCACCACCGGUCUCUCUGAUAUCAAUCAAAUCGGACCAAUGGGUGCUGGAACCUUGUAUGGUGAUCUCUUCACUUCAUAUUCAAAUGCCCAGCAACUCAACUCUCACUUAAGUUGGUUGUAUGGCAACAAACUCUCGUCUCCGAGCUCUGUUGAGCUAACAAGCACCUCAAUUCCAACAACCACCAUGAUCGACAGCUCGCAGUCUCCCCUCUUGAGUAUUCCUUCCUUGUAUAGCACUCAACAUCACCAUCGGCCUGCACAGGCGUCGGAUAUGUCUGCAACAGCAUUGCUGCAAAAAGCUGCUCAAAUUGGAGUGACUUCCACCAUUCCAUUUAUUGGGAGCUUUGAGCCGUCCAAGUGCCAGGAUACUCAGAUUCAAGAUGCUAGCAAAUAUGAUAGAUUGCUCAAUUCAAACCAAUUGAGCAACCUAGAGGACGUUGUAAAUGGUUUCGCAGCAUCGAACCCGUACGAUAUGUUAGCUGAAAGACACUGCAGUUCUGCAAAGGAUGAUUUGGAAGGGGGAGGAGAGACCAGGGAUUUCUUAGGUGUCAGGGUGCAGACCUUCUGCCCUUCAUCAAUCAAUGGAUGGAUCUGAGUCUUUUUAGGCUCCUAUAUUACAAACUUAUCCGUGGAAAGCAAAGUUGUUGAUGGAGAAGGAGUGCAAGCAGGGAAGAAAAGGUAGCAUCAUUGCUUGAUGGGAGUUGAUGGAUGUGUUCAGAGGGGAAAUGAGCAUUCAAAGGUGACAAGAGGUCCAUGCAUUUUUUUUCAGGGACCCUCCUCAAAGGCACUAUUUUGGGAUGCUGCUUUUGUUUUGGAAAAAGUGGUAGUGGUUUGGGAGGCAAGGAGCACUCUCCUUUUGGCUCUAUUAUUGCAUUCCAUCUCUUUCGGGGGUGUUUCUGUUUAAGCUGAUCUCUAGCAAUUUUAGUGCUAUAAAACUGGAUUUUUAUUUCCUCUAAUAAAACAAUGGAUAU